AUGGACAUGAUUUCAUCAGCAAAAUGGGUAUCUGAUUUGGAGAUGGAGGAUCCUACUUUUAUCCAUCAAUAUGAAAUGAACUCUCUGGACUACUCACUUGAUGAUCUCAAUUUCCAGUCUUUUUCUUCUGAGAGCUACUCGUCUUACCCAAAUUUCACCCCUAAAGCCACACACAACUUCAACAACGCAUCCAUCGAAACUCCUCAUCAGGCCGGCACUCACGAUAGGCCAGCAAAACAGCCUAAGAACCACACUACUUGGAACCCUUGCACUACUGACCACACAUUUAUGGCCAAGGCUGCUUCUUCUUCCUCCUCACAUCUAAUUUCUUUUGAUAACUCCAACUCAUCACCCCCAACCAGUUCUCAGCAGUUCUAUGGUACUCUAGACAACACAAUGAAACCAAAGAAUGAGGUGGAAUAUUCCAAUGGGAAAUUGAACCUUACAACUUUGAUUUCCCAAGGUUCCUAUGACCCCCAAACUUGUUCACCGAGACAUGGACAAGGGAUCAAGAGGGCAGCUACAGUCACUAGGAGUCCUUUACAUGCUCAAGAUCAUGUUCUCGCUGAGAGAAAGCGCAGAGAAAAACUCAGCCAGCGGUUCAUAGCUCUAUCUGCCUUAGUUCCAGGCUUAAAGAAGAUGGACAAAGCUUCAGUCCUUGGAGAUGCGAUCAAGUACGUGAAGCAUCUUCAAGAACGUACGAAGAUGCUGGAGGAACAAGCGGUUAAGAAAACCGUAGAAGCAGUGGUGUUUGUGAAGAGGACUCAGUACUCUGCAGAUGAUGAUAUAUCUUCAUCGGAUGAGAACUUUGAGAGCUGCUCCGACCAGCCACUCCCCGAAAUUGAAGCAAGGGUGUCAGACAAGGAGGUUCUCAUACGAGUCCAUUGUGAGAAAACCAAAGGAUGUUUGGCAAAAAUACUAAGCGAAAUAGAGAGCCUUGAUCUCACCAUUGUUAACAGCAGUGUCUUGCCCUUUUGCAAUUCAACUCUUGAUAUCACUGUAAUUGCUCAGAUGGACGCUGAAUUCAGCAUGACAGUGAAGGAUCUUGUGAAAAACCUGAGACAGUCAUUGCUCAAGUUUGUGUGA